ACCCUAAUUCUAUAAUAUAGAUCAGGUGAGGGCGCGAUGGGAAUGAGAGCGAGGUUAGGAUUAGGAAUUGCUAGGGAUCUGAAGCAGCACAUGAACAAGACAUUAUCAUUUACCAGAAACAAAUCUAGUUGUUCAGCAACAGCAGCAGCAGCAGCAUCGGAGAAGAAGAAAGAGGAGGAAAAGUCGCUCUACAUAUAUUUCAAGGAGGAGACAACUAGUAACAAGGGUGUUCAUGACUGUAAACAUCGCACGAGAUUCCCUAUCCGCUCCGUCAAACUGAGCUACUUGUUAUCACCAUCGUCAUCGACCAAGACCAAUAUUGAUGAUGAUCCCAACAUCAGUGAUGAAGUCUUGCCUGACUUGAGGGAAACUCGCCGUUUCAGAACCUGGGUUCGGUCCUCUCCCCACAUGCUUUUCACUGCCCCUGCCCCUGCCCCAAGAGGAGGAGGCCCCGGAUUUUCACUAUCCUAUGCUUCCCAGAUUUGUUCGUUACGGAGCAAGGCCAAGGUACUCAACAAAAAUUUCCCGGUGAUUAAGCGUAUGAAGAAAAAUGAAGAUGAGUUGCUAUUUCUCGAGGAGGAGCUGCCGGCGGACGGCAAACUCUAUUGUCUCUCCGCCAAUAUCUUUGUUGAAGACAGUCAAGUUUUCCAGGUUUUGGAUACCAAGUCGAAGAAAUGGUUAUCUCUAGAGGCGCCUCCAGGUACCCAACCCAGCCGCAGCCUCUGCUUCAGGUCUGCAGUUUUCGGCACCAAAGUCUUACUCUGGUACGAAAAUAAUGUUGGAGUUUAUUGUUUUGAUGUCACCCAACCGGAGAAAGGAUGGUCAUCGACCCCACCAUCGUUGGGAAACUGCAUUCCCUUUCUCAAUUGCAGAUCCCCUUUUGUUCUUGAGCAUGAUAGUAAUAACAAUUUUCUUAUGUUCACCUUUGAUCCCGUAGCACAUGAUCACCCUGUAAAAGUCUUCCUCAUGUCUCAUCCAUGUGAUACAUUGCAACCCCUGAACCAACCUCUGCAAUUUCCAGAGGUCCCAGAUAUGCCUUCUAACUUUUGGAAUGUAUAUCCCCUUCACUAUGAAUUUGUCCAUCUAGGAGGUCAAAAAAUCUGCCUUGUUUUGCACAAAUUCUUCUACAUUUUGGAAACGCAUACUAUUCCUGGUUAUCAACAUAUGUCUCUGCCUCAGUUGGAGGAGAUUUCUUUUCGUGGCAGAAACAAGGGGAAUCUUAUUCUCAUAACAUUUGAAUAUGAAAUUAACUUCGAAUCUUUGGACAUAGAGUACCGUGUGCUCACUACUCGCCACCUUGAAUACACUGGGAAGCGGGAUCCUAAGAGCGAAUUUUCUACAUUUACCACACGCUCAAUGCUAGCUGGUGCUACUGUGCUCUAAAUCUGUGACCUAGCAUUGAGGGAGCCGAUGCUGAGGAAGAAUGAAGUGUCUUUUUUUGGAUUUCCAAGUUGUUCUUCGUUGCAGGCAGGGGUAAUCUCAGGCCAUUUUCAUUCCAAUGCUGCAAUAAGAUGUGUGUGUGGUGGAUCUAUUUGUCCUCAACAGUUUAACUCCUGGCUGCCUAUUGAACCCUCGCCCUAACACAUUUGAUAAAUCUGUGAUGUGUGUGGAUUUAAUAAAAGUUGUUCAAUUUUUGGUUGUCUCUGUAUAAAGAAAGCCGACUUUGUAGGGAACAUUCGGAUCCUCUGUGUUCGUUCCUUUAUUUGAGAAUGAUUAGAGUUGCUUUGUUCGAGAAUGAGUAGAUUGUGCUUCCCUUUUCAGUUCUUCUCUUCAUUAGAAUAUUGUGGUGUUAUUUGCCAAAUUAAAGUUUCAGUACAAUAUGGAUAUCUUCUUUGAGUACUGCCCUUGGUUGCUCAGAUUCGCCAGCAAACAGCAAAGGGGGCCAGACAGCCUCAUAAAAACGG